CGGUUGGUUUUGCGGUUUCUUCGUUUUCUCACUCGCCUUCAUUGUUCAUGUCCUUUCACUUCAACAGUUUUCUCGUUCGUGCGUGUGCUCUUUUCCCACGUAAAUCAAGCCAAUUUCUCAGACAUUCCCUUCUCUGCCAUCCAUCUUCUUCAGCCCCAUACCAUAACCACCAUCGAUGAAAAGCAACUUCUCUCUCUCCCUCCCUCUCUUUCUCUAUCUCUCUCUCUCUCUCUCCCCCUCUUCUUACGCCAUCUAUGAUCGCUUAACGUUCUACUACAGUUGUCUCUUCUGUUUUCAGUAUCAUUGCUUCGCAAAGUUCCUUUGAUUUUUCACUCUUCCUCUUUCUUGUUUUCUGUUCGUUGCCUUUUCUUUCUAGGACGUAAAUCUUUCUCUACUGCGCGAUUCUUGCCUCGUUGCUUCUUGAUCCCUACUAUUUCACCCUUUAUUAGAAUACCCUUUUGUCCAUUCCUUCAAAUUCACUCUGUUUUUCUCAGUAUAUGAAGACGACAUUCUGCACUCUGCAAUCUCUUGGCCAUAUCAACGCUUAAUUUUGUCAAAGUUAUCGUCUUUCUUGUCGUGUCUUUGUUAGGUGGUGGUUUUUUUUUUUUUUUUUAAUCCAUGGAUUAUCACGAGAGUUCGGGUUCUGGAUUUCAAUUCGUGAAUCCUGCUUUUGGAGACACCACGUACACCAAGGUGUUUGUUGGGGGUUUGGCUUGGGGGACGCAGAGCGAGACACUGAGGCAACACUUCGAGCAGUUUGGUCCAAUUCUGGAGGCAGUGGUGAUCACUGAUAAGACCACAGGACGAUCAAAAGGAUACGGUUUUGUUACUUUCCAGGAGGCUGAGGCUGCUAGGAGAGCCUGUGCAGAUCCCACUCCGAUAAUUGACGGCAGGCGCGCAAAUUGCAAUUUGGCUUCACUUGGACGAGCCCGCCCGCCUCCUUCUUUUGGAAACCAGAGAUCAGCAGCACUGUAUGGAGGAGGCGUGCAGCCCUACCAGGGAGCUUAUACGGGGGAUUUCGGCUACCAGCAACCCGUUUACUACAGCUACCAACAUGGAUAUACUUAUCCUGCUUAUAGAUAUUCAGCACAUGGUCCUGAGUAUGUCUACACGCAGGGCGUCUAUAGUCCAUACAUGGGUCAGCAAUACCUCCAGAUGUAUGGAGUUCAAGCGGCUAUUUAUCCCUACAGCCAGAUGGGUCAGAGCAUUUCCACCGGUCGUGGGUUCAGUACCAUCCCACAGUACCCAACGCCAAGCCAUCAGAUUGUGCAGCUCGGUGGCCCCAGUGCUGAUGCCAUGGCAACCUCACAAAUACCCACAAUACACGCAAUGUAUCAUACCGGCGUAGCUACAGCUUUUGCAGCACAACCACAAAUAAUCAUUCCUAGCGCACCUCCUAAGUUUAUGCAGAGUAGCAGUUCCGAUGGUACAUCUGGGUGAGGAAGAAAAGAUCGGGUUUUUCUUCAUCAUGCGGGGACUAAGAGUAGUCAAGCUGCUACAUCGGUGGCGGGCUUCUUCCUUUUGCCUUCCAAAGUCUAUAAUUUCAUGUUCUUUAGGUCGUCAUACAUAGUCCUCAUCAGGGAGUCAAAAUGUCUGAACAGCUCCUGAUUUCGGAGCGGCAUGGGAGACUGUAGCGUCUCUUCCUCGUUCUUGCAGAGCCAAAACUCUUUGCUCGUGCUGGGUAUGUGUCGCAAGCAUUCAUAUCCAUUUUGGAGGGGUGGUCCGUGGUCACUGGAAGUGGUUUUCUGGUGGUAGCCAUGGAAUCUACAGGUUGGGAUCAAGAUAUGGUUCUUUUUCCUAAGGACAGUCACAGCAUUUGGCGUGUACAUGGUACUCUGUAUAUACAUGUUUCUGAGUAGCGUGCAUAUUAGAACUAGGAGGUCCUAUUGGAGACAUGAACUUUGUAAUCAGAUGAACCUGAGAAGCAUAAGAUGCACAAUUUUCCUCCUCGUAUUUUUAGGAAUAAUAACACUGCAAGUAUCUGAA